ACCUCACAGUAAACUGAGCUUUGAGGAGGAAUGACUCAUAAAAACUUGGUGGUCUUCAUUUGUGGUGCCAUCAGCCUGAUAAACAAACCCAGAGGGCCACAAAGCUCUGUCUGCAGAGUUUCAGUAGGGAAUAGUCUCAAAAUGGAUUUAGGGUGAAGGAUGAUUGACAUUGUCAGUCAGGCAAGCAGAGGACCAGGUGAUCAAACAGGAAUAGAAUUUCAGUACAAAACAAAGCAAAGAUGCUGUAUGUGGUGACAGAGGCACAGAAGGCCUGGCUAGACAAAGUGCAGAAAGACAAUGAGCUGACCAAACGAGAGACUAGAGUUAUCUCAGAAGACAAAAAAGGCUUUGGAACUGAACAGUCUGGUCUGGGUAUCCUUAGGCUACCUCUCACCAAAGGGCCUAUUUCUUUUCUCUGUCCAUGCCAAAGAAAUGAUUCUGAGUGGUUUACACUAAGUCCACAGGAGAGAUUAGCUUGGGCAAAAGAUUCCAGAGACCCUAGGAUUUCAGAAGGUCAACGGUCUCCACUGGAGAAAAAGAUCCUGAAUUGUGGUGGUGUGCGUACAACAGCAGCAAGACACUUGGUAUCUCAGAAAUGCCAUGAGGAGAGCAAAGCACUCUGCAAGGAUCAAGCUCAUUCUCUUGACUACUGGCUUGCAAAAGCAGAGUCGUAUUAUAAUAAAAAAAUAGUGGACAUGAUGAAAAAAGACACAGGUGGUGAAACAAAGACAAAAGUGGAAGAGAAACCACCACCACCACGCACAGAGAGACAGAAACAGCAUUAUUGGGUGCCUGAGAGAGAGAAGAAGCAAAUAGAAAGGCACAUUCAUAGAACAGGCCAGGGCAGAGAAUUUAAGGACAAACCCUGGAGACUCUUCAGUGAAGCAGCACUACCCAAAAUUAUGCUAGAGAAGCAUAGCAUCCCAAAAGCACAGAAAAGAAGGCAGGCACAUGAGAGAGAACUGCUCCAAAUUAAAGAUCACCAGGAGCGCAUGAUUCGAGGGAGAGAACUUCUACAGCAAAGGCUCAAAGAAAGAAUCUUGAGAAAAAGCCUGAGCCAGAUCCCACUUCCUGAGAAACAUGUUCGAGUGAAGAAACAGAGAAAAGAGUUUGAGAGGGUAGUUGCAUACCCACUUUUCCAGCCAUCCAGUACCAGUCGGAUUAAAGUAGAUAUUCUUAUGGAAAAAUCUCGGGAUGAAGAGGACUUGAGCACAAUUAUAAAGCCAUUUGGAAGGAGAUUCUUAGCUGUACCACCCUUUUUGAGAACUCAAAUAGGAAAAAUAAAGGAUCUGUAAUGUUUCAGAGCUUUGCUGAUGGAA